AUGCAUUUGGGCCGAAUACAGCAAGGGAAAGACGAGUCAUUACGGAGCUAUGUGCGAUGUUUCAAUUUAGAGUCAGGACAGAUUCCAAACCUACCUGAUGGGGUGGCUUUUGAUAACUUCUUUAGGGGGCUUAAGAAGGGGUCCUUUAAAUUCGAUCUGGUAAAGAAAAGUGUGAGAACUAUGGCCGAUGCUCUGGAUGAGGCCGAGUCCUUUAUUCAUGCCACCGAAAUUUAUUCCGUCCCCAAGGAAUCAAAGGGAAUAGAGAUUGCAGAGCAUCCCCAGCGCAAAGACAAGGCAGACAAAAAGACCAAUCGUCCUAAUGGGACGUGGGCCAUUGAAAAGAAGGGAUAUCAGACAAACACCUCCCAGGGGCAGAAGAGAGGACGACCAUACGAUAAAGAGAGGUUUGAGUAA